UGUUCCGGUUGGCGUUUUCUUUCCGGAGUCGCUGCUCAAAUUUAGCCAGGGAGCAUGCUAGCAAAUUUAGCUGGUGACAAGCCUAAAACUCAAUGAUUUUCGUGUUUAAGUCCAAGAAUGUUGUCUUUUCUCUGACGGAGGAAAGAUUUUGUAUCUCUUCGGAGUUUCAAGGAGAAACAGCACAUGAUGAUAGAACCAGAACUCCUGACCGAGGUACCCGCAGCACUAAAGCGUCUUGCCAAGAUGGUGGUGCGGGGUUUCUACGGGGUGGAGCACGCCCUGGCCCUGGAUGUGCUCAUCCGCAACCCGUGCGUCCGCGAGGAGGACAUGCUGGAGCUGCUCAAGUUUGACCGGAAACAACUGCGCUCCGUACUCAACACGCUGAAAGCCGACAAGUUUGUCAAGUGUCGUAUGAGAGUGGAGACGGCCCCUGACGGCAAGACGACUCGGCAUAACUACUAUUUUAUCAAUUACAGGGUUCUGGUAAACGUGGUCAAGUACAAACUGGAUCACAUGAGACGUCGUAUAGAGACAGAUGAACGUGACUCCACCAACCGUGCCUCGUUCCGGUGUCCCUGCUGCUUCUCCACUUUCACUGAUCUCGAAGCCAAUCAGCUGUUUGACCCCAUGACAGGUACCUUCCGUUGCACAUUCUGUCAGACGGAGGUAGAAGAGGAUGAAUCUGUGUGUCCGGACGCCAAGACACUGGUGGCGCGAUUUAAUGAGCAGAUCGAGCCCAUCUACGUGCUACUGCGCCAGACGGAGGAUGUGAAUUUGUCUCAUGAUCUGCUGGAACCCGAGCCCACAGAAAUCCCCGCCCUCAAGCAGAGCCGGGAGCGUAAUGCGGCGGCAGCAGGAAAUGCUGCGAGUGGCGCACACCGGGAAGCCUGGUCCAACAAAGGCUCAUCCUACGCUGACCUUUACACGCAGAAUGUUGUCAUCAAUAUGGAGGAGCAGGACGACCUACAGAAGCAAGCAAGUGAGGCUACAGCAUCGAAGGAGAGGCCCGUCUGGCUGACCCAGAGCACGGUGCAGGGCGCUUACAGCGAGGCGGACAUGCUCAAGAACCGGGGUGACAAUGCGACCAGGAUCCAAGACGGAGCUAGUCAUCCCGGAACUGCCCAGGCUGAUGAAAACGAGGAGGUGAUGCGGGCCCUGCUGAUCCACGAGAAGCGAGCCGCGCCAGCGCCCGGCGGAGGCGGAGCGAUCGCCGCCGCCAGGGGGCUGGCGUCUGCCUCGGCCAACGCCAGCGACUCGGAGAGCGACACCAGUGAAUCCGACGACGAGGCGCCGUCCGCUCCUCCCCCUCGCGCAGCUGCCGCCGCUCCCCGCCGCGUCGCAGAGGAGGAAGAGGAUGACGACGACGACUUUGAGGAGGUGGGAGAUGAGCCGACCGUGACGGUGGGAGGCCGGCCGUUCUCUUAUGGGGAAGUGAGCCAGAGGCCGGAGUUGGUAGAGCAAAUGUCGGCGCAGGAGAAGGAAGCCUACAUUGAAAUGGGGCAAAAACUCUUCCAAGACAUGUACUUUUGAAAACACACACUUCCCUUUUGCCGCGCUGCGUCUUUUUACUCGGGACGCGCCUGUGGAUCCACUCAUCAAGAUGCUGCUUCCCAAGUCAGUCAGUGUUGGCUCAGAGGUCACUCUGUGUAUAGUAUUCAUUCCCAAGUAUGUUCAUCUUGCAAGCUAGCUAUCUGCAUUUUGUGCCAAUAUGUUACUCUUUAGCUGUUUCGUUCAACAGUUGGGGAAAACCAGCGGUCACUUUUUUUUUUUUUUUCAGGAAAAAAAAAUAUUUUAAAUGAAUACGGCUGUGUAACUGAAGACCAAAAUCUCACCUUUAAUUUCGGCUCUACGCGGUAAAGCUGUGAAGGGUGAAUCAUGUCUAGUAUGUAGUGAACGUAAAGGCUCGAGCAAUGUGUUGUGACAUUUCAGUCUGAAAUGAUAAACAUCCCCCCCACCACCACCAC